CCAAAAGUGGCAUUACGUGUGGAUCUCGUUGACACUCCCAUCACUGUUCUUCGUCUCCUCCCUCCUUCCUCCAAACAUGUUGUACCGAAGAAUCUCACCUUCACUGUUCACUCUCUACUCCGCUCUCCCCUCGCUUCCUCACCAAGAUCCAUGUCUCUUCUGAUCAGAUCCUCCUACGUCUCUCAAUUCCACACUCGAAACUCAAAACCAUCCUCUUUCUCCGAUCAAACCCCGUCAAAAUCACCGUUCUUCUCUUCAUUCAACCACAACCCAUUAAUCAAUUUGGUCUAUAAACGCAACCCAAGAAUGCAAUCUCUCUCCUUUCCUUCGUCAAUGACCGUUAAGAGCUCCUUGAUCGACCCAGACGGUGGGGAGCUAGUGGAGCUGGUAGUACCCGACUCAGAGAUCGAGCUGAAGAAGAAGGAAGCAGAGUCGAUGCCGAAAGUGAAGCUGACGAAGAUCGAUCUGGAGUGGGUGCACGUGAUCAGCGAAGGCUGGGCUAGUCCUUUGAAAGGGUUCAUGAGAGAAGACGAGUAUCUUCAGAGUCUUCAUUUCAACUCUCUAAGGCUGAAAGAUGGGUCUCUUGUCAACAUGUCUCUUCCUAUUGUUCUUGCUAUUGAUGAUCAGACCAAAGAACAGAUCGGUGUGUCCAAGAAUGUUGCUCUUGUUAGCCCUCAAGGAGACAUCGUUGGUUCUCUCCGCAGUGUGGAGAUAUACAAACACAACAAGGAAGAAAGGAUUGCUCGGACGUGGGGAACUACUUCUCCAGGAUUACCUUACGUGGAAGAACAUAUUACUCCGUCAGGAAACUGGUUGAUCGGUGGAGAUUUAGAAGUUUUCCAGCCGGUUAAGUACAACGAUGGUCUUGAUCACUACAGGCUAUCUCCUAAACAGCUUAGGAAAGAGUUCGAUAACCGUAAAGCUGAUGCUGUCUUUGCAUUCCAGCUAAGGAACCCUGUGCACAAUGGUCACGCUCUGUUGAUGAACGAUACAAGAAAAAGGCUUUUGGAAAUGGGUUAUAAGAAUCCUAUUCUCUUGCUUCACCCUUUGGGAGGUUUCACAAAGGCUGAUGAUGUUCCUCUUGAUGUUCGAAUGGAACAACAUAGCAAGGUUCUAGAAGAUGGAGUUCUUGACCCGGAGACUACUAUUGUCUCGAUAUUUCCAUCGCCGAUGCACUAUGCUGGUCCAACUGAAGUUCAGUGGCACGCCAAGGCUAGGAUCAAUGCUGGUGCUAAUUUUUAUAUUGUAGGUCGUGAUCCUGCGGGGAUGGGACAUCCUACUGAGAAGAGAGAUCUGUAUGAUCCUGAUCAUGGGAAGAAAGUGUUGAGCAUGGCUCCUGGUCUUGAGAAACUAAAUAUUCUUCCAUUUAGGGUUGCAGCUUAUGAUACAGUUGAGAAGAAGAUGGCGUUUUUUGAUCCCACUCGUGCAAAAGAGUUUCUUUUCAUUUCUGGAACAAAGAUGAGAACGUAUGCAAGAACAGGGGAGAGUCCACCGGAUGGGUUUAUGUGUCCGAGUGGAUGGAAUGUUCUUGUUAAAUAUUAUGAGAGCUUGCAAGAAAGUGAUGAUUCAUCAAAACAACAACAAGCCGUUGUUUCAGCCUAAAGAAUCA